GUGAAGACGAUCAUAUAUUGAGCAAUCCAAAAUGGCUCAAUCACUUAUCCCGAAUAGAUGGCAUUUACGCAGAGUCGCGGACUCCGCAGCACGGUCAUGUUAUAUUUGCUAUAAGCCAUCUUCAAGCGUGCUGAUUACGCCAGACAAUAAGGAUUUCUUCUACAUAUGUCCAAUCCACUUGAAGGACAAGGGAUUCUGCUCACCCAUCAUUGAUGAAGAAGAAGUGGCGGCCAAAAAGAAGAAAGAAGAGAUGGCAAGGGAAAUAGAGAAGGUUAAAAAGGAGUAUGAAGAGAAAAUGAAACGUAAGAAGGAGAAGGAGAAGGAAAAAGAAAAGGAGAAGGGAGAAAAAGACGAGGGGAACAAGAAAAAGGAGAACGAGGACGAGAAAAAGGCUGAGAAGGAAAAGGAUGAAAAGAUCAAUGCAAUACAGGCUGCUCAUACUGGAGGGGUUACAGGUGAGGACGGCCCUCGCAUUUUUACACUCCACAAGAACUUCUAUCAGAUGCGAAUUGAUAAACUACGCAGCAUGGAGCUGGCAAAGCGGAAUCGCGAGCGGAUGAAGGACGCUUCAUUCUUUCCUUCAGCUCCAAAGAACGAUUUUUAAAUUCUGCGGCAUUUUCUACGUUAUGAUAAAGCGAUAUGCUACGUGCGCAUUUGAGACGGAGGUGGAAUUGCUCCGCAAUCCUCCGUAACUUUGCAAGAUCAGCUUAUCACAACCGCUCAGCUGAGGCGCAGGCAACCUCUUCCCAUCUCCUCGGGACUCAAGACUGAAAUCAAAUGGACGACGAACCAUACAUGGCAUCGAUUCCCUUGGCUAUCUUGGCCAGCUGAAGGUGCACGGUGUUGUCUCACGCGAGUUGGUAGUGCACUGACAAAUACCAUACAGCACGGCUGGCACUUGGAUUCUUCAGCGGCUGGAGUGGGUCAUUCUUCAUGGUAAGCACUAGCCUCCGACUGCGACGUCACCGCCUUAUCAGACGGCCGAUGCGGCUUUAGCCAAGCGCGGAAAUGACUUCCGUUUUGGAGUCGGAGAUCGGACGGACUUGGAUUUUCCACCGUAACUUCGUUACGACGUAACCUCGUUACGACGUAACCUUGGUAACUUAUGCUACGGAACCGGAUUAACCGAUCAACCCGACGCUUCCUUCGUUCGACAAGCGUGUGAUAUCGGGGAUUUCACUCACCCUGCGACGAAGCUCCCGAUAUUGUUCAACGGAGGAUUGCUCAGUGCUUCAAAUUCAAAACUCAAUUUACGACAUGCAGGUGAUUUUUGACCAACUUCCAAGGGAUGAAAUGGUUGCAUUACUACGUUUCCAAAAUAAGUC